AUGAGUACCAGCCGCCAGCACUAUCUGGACUCCGUCAACGCCUCUAUGGAGGACUACGAAUUGAAGGGCGAAUUCUCUCCGACGCUGCCUGACCUGCCGUCCUGUCACUCUGGUUUCCGCAGUCCUCAAGCGUCAGAUUACAGUGAGGUAUCCUCAAGGCGAUCCUACUCUCCCCCGGCCUGGCGCAAGGCGGGCAGUGGCUGGUUCAAGCACCACCAAACACUAUCGCCGCAUCGCGGAGGAUACAACAGUAAAGAUGUGAGCCCGCAAUAUAUCAGUGCGGACGAAGAUGGCGACGACGGGAACGUGACCGCAUACCGGACUGCUAGGCGCAUUCCGUUGCCCGAGUCACCGAUCAAGGGCCAAAGUCCAACCAACAGUCCGGAGCCUCAGACGGCUGGCGGCGCAACAGAGUGCGACAAUGGCGACGGCGGAACAAGCACAGCGCGGCAGAUGAGCGAGCAGACAGAGAAGGCGCCAGAGUCGCCCACCACACAAACACCCACACAGAACAAUUACAUCCGGUUCUCCACCUCACUUGAUGUUGUGCAAAGAACAGAGCCCAUCGAAGCCAUGGUCCACAGCAUACGAAGGGCCAUACACCAUGUCACGAAAUCCUCCUACAACACCUUCUUCUAUGCAACGUCUACUCUGGUUCUUUACUGGACGUUGGCAAGUCUUCUCUCCACUCCCGUCAAUGGACCAUCACCAGACCUGAUCAAAGUUGCCGGAUUGGCAAAGUCAUUCGAACCAGUAAUCUACUACUCCGAGCACGGCCACGCUCAGAUCGAGCAAUUACAGGAGACUGGUGUCGCGGUCUGGGAUCUUGGCGAGAGUGUUAGAAGUACGAACAUGACUUCAGCGCCAUUGAUCGUCAAUCAGCUCGACGAUCUUUCCGACAGCUUAAAGACGCUCGCAGUUGAGCUCACCAGAUUCUUUGCCGGGGUCGACGCCGACGUAGACUCCAUACUGCUGGUAAUGGAGUGGGCGCAGAGAGAACUCUUGACCAUUUCCAGCGAGCCUCCAAGCACCAUCAGCUCAGUUUGGUCGAAUGCGCAUAGCAUGCUAACUCGCGCUGGAAUCUUGAGUGAAGGGAGACUUGCACAAUCGCUGCUCGGCCAGACCUAUCAGCAGCGCACCAAGGCGACUCUGGAACGCACAUUCAACGAGUUUCUGAGUGUACUAGAAGAGAGCAUCAACAACGAACUUACAUAUUCAAUUCAACUCUUCCAGCUUUUUGAAGCAAUUGACAAGCAAUUCCUCAACCUUCAACGAACGGUCAUUCGCGAGCAAGACCAACAGGAGCGCAUGGAGAAUGACUUUCUCGGCAGUCUCUGGACCAAGGUCAUUGGCGUCAACGCUUCCAAGCUUCGCAAGUACGAGAAGAACAAGGACUUGCUCCGCGAUGUUCGCGAUCGGACAGUGGGCAACAAGCGCGUUCUCAUCGACCACAACCAACGCCUGCUGCAGCUCAAGUCCAAUCUCGAGAUACUCCGGCGUAAGCUUGUGAGUCCGUUGGUCAGGUCCAGCAAUUCGAGCACGAUCUCUGUAGAUGAGCAGAUCAAAGGUUUGGAAGGAACCUAUCAGCAGCUGAAAGGAAGUCGAGAUGUGCAGAAGAGGAAGAUGAUGGAGCUUGUCUACGGCGCAGGCGGUAGACGGGUCAUGCUUCCUGCCGGAGCUGGCGGUGAAGGUCGGGCCAUCGAGGGAAGUUCGUGA